UGUAUGUUCGUAGUUCCUGCACUACUGUAAACAAUUCAAUGAUUGAGUAGAAUAUGUAAUAACAAUAAGCUUUCGGACUGGAAACCUUUGUACUGUAAACAGUCAACACUAGUUCUUGCCAAUUUUAGUGAAGUGAAAGCUUAUGGACUCGACUUUUGAAGUAAAUCCAGCCAAUAUGCCUGAUAAUAACAGUGUAAUGAAUAACGAUCAUCAGUAAAACAGCAGACGAAGAGACAGCGAAGAUUACUCAUACUCCAAACGAAGAAACCGGAAGACCAGUCACGGAACCCCUAAACCACAUCAGAAACGCAAGGUUUCAUUAUGAAGAAACAGGAGAAAGAUAAGGACCAGAGCCCAGAAGGAGCUUGGGCAGCAGCAGGCUUUGCUGUUGUUCUUGUUGUUGUUGGUCUACCAGUUUGGUGGUACACAACUACAGUUUAUCGUGCUCAUCUGCCAUAUUCAACUAUUGAGGAAUUGUCAGGUCAACUCAGAUACCAUGCUGUGGGGCUGACUCUGAUUGGUGUGCCUUCACCUUCUUUCUCAGCCAACCUGGAAAAACAUGUGCGCCACUUCCGAUCAGUGAAGUUCCACAUGUCCCUGAGAAGAACCAGGAAAGAUGAGAUGGAGGUCAUGCGUGCUGCUACUUCCUUGGAAGAGUUGGACACAAAGUUGUCAAGAAUAACCCGGGCUGCACCAGGCACUUUAGCUGUGUUUGUGAUUCCAGAUGAUAGAUUUUUUGAGGAUGCUGGUGUUAGUAUUGUUGUAGGCAGACAUCGCUUGGUACUUGUGAAGAUAGAUAUAGACAUGUUUUUGUUGGCCAAAGUGCUGAAGAGUAUGACUAUGGAUCCCCUGGCUAAUAUAAGGGUUGAAGAGGCCAAGAUACUUCAAGAGUUGCGAGGUUUACACAAACGGGAAGCAAUGAGACAGGUCCCAACUGAACCAGGCUAUGAUGUAACUCUGACAUUGAUGGUUCCAGAGCCACAUAUCACAAGACCAGAGUGGAAUGCUAAGAAAGCUGUAGAUGACUAUUUGAAACCGGUUGCUGACCAGAUAGAGAGUGUGGCUAAACUGAGUAUCAAAUCUCAGGUGUUGUACAUGACAGGACUAAAUGUAUCACCACAGUGGUCAGAAUCAUUCAUGCAUUAUGCCUUACCACAAGAUCAGCUGCCUCUCACCAUAAAUGCUAUUGAAGCUAAACUCGGAUCUUUUGUAUGGACACGACCAUCUUUACAUUUCAUAAUAUACAUUCCACGGGAGAAAGAAACACCGCUACAUAUUCAUACAGCAGAUGACCUGCCUCUUGAGACAAACAGUUUUCUUGUUCCAAGAUGGGGUGGUGUGAUGAUUCACAAUGUUCAAGGUCCAAAAAUUAAUAGUACUUAUCCACGGGAAGUUUCCUUGGACUCACACUGGAUCAUGAAGACAGUGCUCACUCAUCUGCAUAGGUUAUUGCCUGUACCAAAUGUGAAAGAAGACAAAGAAGUGUUGUUACUUCCUUCGCGGGACUCAACUAGAUUAACUGAAUGGCAGCUUGAUGGCUUAGCCCGGGCUCGUGUGUCUGCAUAUUUGUCCAACAUCAAGAUUACAUUACAGUCCCUGUGUGAAUUGGUUGGUGAGAUCAGCAACAUGGUAAUCAGUGAUGAAGUUGGAGGAUGGGUGUGGGGUGCAGUGGAAGAGUGGAGGGAAUGUAGCAGUGCAGCAAGAGAAGGCAGGCUGCAAGAGGCAACUUUUUACUGUGGUCGAUCCUUCACCCAGGCUGAUGCUGCCUUCUUCCACCCAUCCUUGUUAGCACUUCUGUAUUUUCCGGAUAACCAAAAGUAUGCCAUCUAUGUUCCACUGUUUCUGCCAGUGAGCAUCCCUGUCAUCUUGUCCUUCAAAAUGCUCCUCGGGCUGUACAAAGGGUCUGUAGCCUUGAAAGUAAAAGAAGAUUAAGAGUUUUGUAAUUCAUUCAAUAUGCAACUAGAGAAAUAAUGUUUGUUUUUUGGUUCAAAGCACUGAGUUCACCAGUGCCAUGUCUACUGCAAUGCAUAUGAUAACAUCAUUGAAGAUAUGAUUGUAUGUACAAAUUAAGAGUUUUACUGUUCUAAGUAGAUAUAUUUAUGUUUAAUGUGUUACUGAUUCUUAUUAUAACUAUUUUCUUAUGUAUAUAUGGACAGAAAUCAUAUUUCUUCAACUUUUUUAUGUCAACAUUGUAAUUUCAAAAUGUCACUGGCAAUGAAUCUGAACAUAUAGUGUGAUAUAUGUUCCAGGGCAUUCCAACAUAUGGCUCGAGAUAUAGCACUUUCAGAGUUUCAGAGAUUAUUUUUCCUAGGUCUUACCUGGUAUGAGAUGUAGACAACAACUCUAUAACAUAUUUAGAGAUAAGUUUAGAUGAGGACUAAUGAGUUCCCCACAUCAAGUCAUUGAUUGCACAUUUGAAAGAACUAGUUGAAAAUUGUGAAUUAUGAGGCCUUGCUAUCCCUGGAAGGCAGACAACAAUAAAAUGCAGAAUGCAUUCCUAUUGUAUGGGAAAGAAGGAAUACCUCUCACGUCCUUUUAUUAAAGUAAUCAGUCUUUCCUAUAAUAUAUGGGCCAAGUAGUCAGAUAAUAACUAUGUAUAACCACUGCUUUCAAUAUUGCCCUUUGCAGCAUAUUAACUUGUAGGGUAAAUGAUGGUUUUGGAAGUGAAACAGAUUGCAAGUCCGUUAUAAACAGGCAAACUUAUUGAGCAGUACAGAAAUGGUGGUGAUUGUGUUGCAUCCAUAUUUUUUUUAAUCGCUUAGCAGUAGCAGAUCAGUGGAUUUAUUUUUCUUUUUUUUUUUUUUUUUUUUUUUUUUUUUUUUUUUUUUUUUUUUUUUUUUGAGAAUGAAUGACAUAACAAAAACAUUUUGAGUAUUUUAUGAAACCAUAAAAGAAGAAAAAAUUAUAUCAAGAGAAAAAUACAGAAUUAUACAUUGAUCACUGACUGUUGUACCAGAUGGCUGCCUUCCUUCUUGGUUUUCCAUUAACCCCUUACUGACGGGUUAAGAAAUUUUUUUAAAAAUCUACGCUCUGGUGAUUAAUGGCAAUAAGCCGACUUUGAGCGCGGGAGUUUGCUACAUCAACCCGAACCCCCAACUUGUAUCACUUUAGCGCGUCACUACGGCAUACAGCCACACCAUAGAUCGAGUGGUUUGUUAUGAAGCCACCCCGUGUGGCUCGUCAGUAUGGGGUUAAACCACAGGGAGACCAGAUUAAUUCAGUGACAUCACACCCACUCAAGAACUACAUCAAGACCUAUGUCAGCAAGCGAUUAUUUCAUUCCAAGGUGGUUGCAUUUCUAGAAUUUAGUCUUACAAAAGACAAAAGUUUUGAAUUACAUAUAGCCCAACCCACAUAAUUUUUAAAUCAGAAUGUGGCAAGCCUUCAAAAGAUUACUGUGUUAUGAUAAGAAUAUGCUUAACGGUACAGAUGUAUGCUUGAUUAAGGCAUAACCCUAAGGUUGAAAUGGGUAAGAUUUAAUAGAGGUCUAGUCUCUUUUGGUGAAGAAAGGUGUGUUAGGAAAGUGAAAAUGCAUAAUGAGUAGCAUAGUAAUUCCAUUUCUGUUUUAUGGAAGUGGAAUUUAUUGUGAAAAUGUUUACUCAAUGUAAUUUGUAUCUUUACAUCCUGAACAGUUUCAUAAACAGUAUCACUUAUAGUCAGUGUAAUAAUGUUUAUAUUGUUAAGAAUGAUUGUGUGCAUGUGCAUGUCAUUCUGUCUUUGAACAGACUGAUUAGGGCUAAUAAACUUGUGUAGUAGCAUAUUUAUGUAUAGAUGUACACAUUUUCAUUUGGAAAUAGUCAGUGUAUGUAUGGAAAUAAUAAAAAAAAUCAAAUA